GUAGGCGCUGUAACCCCUGACCCCACCCUCUUUCCGGCUCUGGCUCUGCUGCGAGCGGCGGAAUGGCUCCUCGUAAGGGUAAGGAAAAGAAGGAGGAGCAGGUGAUUAGCCUGGGACCCCAGGUGGCCGAGGGAGAGAAUGUUUUUGGAGUUUGCCACAUAUUUGCUUCCUUCAACGAUACUUUUGUCCAUGUAACAGACCUGUCCGGCAAGGAAACCAUCUGCCGUGUCACUGGGGGGAUGAAGGUGAAGGCCGACAGAGAUGAGUCCUCCCCGUAUGCUGCCAUGUUGGCUGCUCAGGAUGUGUCUCAGAGGUGCAAGGAGCUGGGCAUCACCGCACUACACAUCAAACUGCGUGCCACUGGAGGCAACAGGACCAAAACCCCUGGACCUGGUGCCCAGUCAGCCCUGAGAGCCCUGGCUCGAUCUGGGAUGAAAAUUGGCCGGAUCGAGGACGUUACCCCCAUUCCGUCAGACAGCACUCGCAGAAAGGGAGGACGCAGAGGUCGUCGCUUGUAACUGUUUUCUGUAUAUGCCGGUAUAACUAAUAAAAGGGUUCUGCUGA